AGACUAGUCGUUUACCCGUGGAAACAUCCACGGGGUCGCCCGUCCUUUAUACAUCAAAUUUCUUGUUUCCGUUACGGGACACGGCUUUCGCGGACACACAGACAGACAGACGACGGCUAUUAUUAAAGAGAUUUGUACUAAGAAGUUGUUAACCUAAUUCUUACAACACAACACCACCAUGCUCUUCGGAUGCCAUCUUUAAAUUAUUCUAAAAUCGCUUUGCUUUCUAGAUUGUUUUUCUGCUUUUUUGAUUGGUUUAACACUUAACGAUCGCUGACCGCUUUACGAAAAGUGGAAACCAUUUCUACUUUUUGUCAGACGAUAUUUCCGCUGCAGCACCAACAUUUUUCUUUCUCUGCGCAUGUGCCUUCACCAAAUAUUUGACCAUCGUCGUAAAAUUCGUCUAGUGGAGACUCGCUUUUAGCCUGUAUACAUAUUUAGUGCAUCCUUGACAUAAAGCUGUGUUUUGCAAAACUUUUUAACAAAAUAGAUCAAAAGGGGUGUUAUCGCGUGAAGUCAAUAUAACAUAAAAGUAAUUGCUUGUUGUAAACAUAUAAUUUUCAUAUAAACACUCUCCGAAUAUAUUUUAAAAACCGCCGUCUGGUGUUACUCAAUUUUGAUUUAAAAAAUGCCUACCUCAAUUAAAAACAGGAAUUAAUGGAGUUAGAAACAAUAGAUUUCGAACGUAAGAACUGAGAGCUGUUAGAAUAGAAAAGCCUUUUCAAGGUUAAUAAUUAGACCACUUAAAGGCUUUUGGGGAUUAUUAGAAAGAGCAUGAAAUAAAGCGAAGCGGUGAUGACUAAGUUAAAAAAAUGAAGAACACAUCGCAUGCAAGGAAACAAGGUUAUAUAUAGAGGAGAAAGAACAAACAAAUUACAUUCGGUCAAAAGUCGAAGCUUCAGAUGGAGUUGAGUCUCGCGUUUCAUGUUAUUCUUUGCAUUUCAUCCUUAGCUGGCUUAAUAUCAGCGAGAUGGGUGAAAUAUGUACAAUGUGGUACAUCUCCCAACAGCCGCUGCAAAACUACCAUUUCCACCGACCAAACAAAGGUUAUUCCAAGCAAAACAGCUUUCAAGAAAAUGAUUUGGAUUCCGAAAUGGAAAAAAGUCGAGACAACCAUUAAACCAACAACCACCACCCCCCUAAAGUUAACCCCUUUGGUUAACAACAACGGGAACCAGGAUUCUGUCAAGAGUCUUUUAUUGCUGAUGGUGCAAAAAAACCAUAAUGGCGUCGUGUUUCACAUUGUUGGCGUGUCGCUGUUUGCAUUUGGGUUAUUAACCGCCAUUUUUGUUUCGUUUUUUAAUGCGUGGUUUUUACGGUCAAAAUAAUAGCACAACGGUUAUUAUUGACACUUCGUGAUAAAAACCUUCUUUUUUAUUUUAAAUUGACUUAUUUGAUGCAAUUUUACGCACACGGUUUAAACUUAUUCUGAGUCAUUUCAAGAGACCAUCCUUGUCCCCAAGGUUUGUUGCCUAUGCCAAAACCGUUAGCGCUUACAAAAAGGCGAAAAAAACCUGGGGACGAGGUUGUGCGAGACACAACGUUUUAUAUUUGACAGAUGUAUAAAUGCUAUUAGGGUUAUUUAUUUUAUCGGAUAAACUUUUAAGAAAAAAAGUUAAAGAACUGUUGUAAAUUUUGUUUAAUAAGAACA